CCACCACCUCGACAUGCCGUUUCCCUUCGUGCUGCCCACCACCUCCAGUGUCUCAUUCACCGACUCCUUCAGCAGCAGCACGCACCCCUCGCUCCCCAACUGCGCCACCACCGCGCGCGGCGUCGUCCGCGAUGUCCUGAAGCGCUACAAGCGCAUCCCGCCCGCCUCGCAAGCCUCCACCCUCUCGACCGUCCUCUCCGCCCUCCACGACUACAUCCCCUACCUCUUCGCCCUCGAUGCCGGCCUCAGCGGCACCAGCUGCGCCGGCGAGGAAAUCGACCUUGUCCUCGUGAAAGAGCUCGAGGUCGAAUGGCGCUCGACGCUGUCCACUACCGUUCCGGGACGGGAGCCCGCCCGCGUGAAGCUCAAGAGCCUCGAAAGCGAGCUGUUCUUCACGCUGUCGACGCUGGCCUACGUGUACAGUCUGCAAGCCCGCGCGCAGCUACACACGCUGUACAACGCCACGCUACCUACGCGUGAGCAGCGCGCCACUGCCAUUGCUGCGGCCAUGAAGCACUUCCUCGACGCAAACGCCAUAUACACGUUCCUCGUGGCUCGCUCGCAGCAGUGGCACGCGCAGCCCGCCGCCAUCGACAUCUCGAGCCCCGUGCUGGGCGCGCUCGCCGAGCUCACUCUCGCCGAAGCAACCCUCAUCACCGUGCUCAAAGACGACCCGUACCCCGCCGCCGUCGUCGAGGACCGCAACAAGAACAGCAAAGACUGGAUGUUCAAGAGCGUCGAGAUCCCCAAGGUCCGCGCGCACCUCUUCGCCCGCUUGUGCCUCUCGUCCGCCGAGCACGCCGCCAAAGCGCAGGCGAUGCUCGGCCGGGCGGCCAGAGUCGACGAGGGCUUCGCGCGCUACGUCGAUGACUUCCGCCGCACCGCGAAAGGGAAGGCGUGCCGGUUUCUCGGGGUGGAUGCCGAGUUGGCGGCGAAGACGGGCGAGGGAAUUGCGUGGCUGCGGGGUGCGCGGAAGGAGCUGGGGUUCGCGGCGCUCGAUGCGGAUGAGGAGAAGAAGGCGUCGGGGCUGGCGAAGCUGAAGAAGGGGUGGGCAGAGAAGAGGGAGGAUAGGAAGGUGGAGAGGGGGGGCGCCUGGGGGACGGAUGCGGGCAAGUUCGAGGAGGGGAGGGUGGUGGAUAUGCUGUUGAAGAAGUGGGAGAAGAUGAAUGACACGAUGUCCAUCCAGAUCGUCCCCUCGUCCUCCGAGCUCAUCGCCACCAUGCCUUCUGGAAGAGAGUACCACACACCCAAACCGUACAUUAUCCCAACGCUAGAAGAAGAAGCCAUCAUCCGCAUGCGGGCGCCGCCAGACCCCGGCGACGCCUUUGAGGGCGAGGAAGAAGACAGUGCAGACGAGGACGAACGCGCAGCUGCAGCACCCGUGGGCGCAUUUCCCGGCACUAAAGCCGAAUACUCGGCUGGCUCGAGCUACUACUGACAUGAACAAUAUAAUGACUUGGUAUCUUGC